AUGAACUUAAAAUACUAACUAGAACCUUUAAAACCUUUAAAAGGCAUCUACCCCUGCGUAUUCUUUCUUCCUCGUAAAUAAAAUAAUGCUACUGAUGUAUUACUUUUUCCAAUUUAAAUACAACUUCCACGACCAAAGAGUCUGAAGCAAACAUCUCUCACAUAAUCAAUUACACUCACUCUCUUUCCACCAUGGACAUCGCAGCCACCACCUGUUCUGCCAAGGAUCUCGCCGUCCUCCUAUCUUCUUCUAACUCUACUUCUUCCCUCGCUGCGGCAACCUUUCUAUGCUCCCAGUUCUCCAACAUCUCCAGCAAACUCUCCGACACAACUUACGCCGUGGACAACACGUAUCUCCUCUUCUCCGCCUACCUAGUCUUCGCCAUGCAGCUCGGUUUCGCCAUGCUCUGCGCCGGCUCAGUCCGAGCCAAGAACACUAUGAACAUCAUGCUCACCAACGUCCUCGACGCGGCCGCUGGAGCCAUCUCUUACUAUCUCUUCGGAUUCGCGUUCGCCUUCGGAACACCGUCCAACGGCUUCAUCGGCCGCCACCAUAGCUUUUUCGCCUUGAGCUCUUACCCCGAACGCCCCGGCGCCGACUUCAGUUUUUUCCUCUACCAAUGGGCUUUUGCUAUAGCCGCGGCGGGAAUCACCAGCGGCUCCAUCGCUGAGCGAACUCAGUUCGUUGCUUACCUUAUCUACUCUUCUUUCUUGACCGGUUUUGUCUACCCGACCGUUUCGCACUGGUUUUGGUCGACUGAUGGAUGGGCCAGCGCGUCUAGAUCCGACAACAAUCUCUUGUUCGGAUCAGGCGCUAUUGAUUUCGCGGGGUCGGGAGUUGUUCACAUGGUGGGCGGAAUUGCCGGUCUGUGGGGAGCAUUAAUCGAAGGACCAAGAAUAGGUCGGUUCGAUCGGUUGGGCCGGUCCGUUGCUUUACGUGGUCACAGUGCUUCCCUUGUCGUACUUGGUACCUUCUUGUUGUGGUUUGGAUGGUACGGAUUCAACCCUGGUUCCUUUUUGACUAUUCUAAAAGGAUACGAAAAGUCUCGGCCGUACUACGGACAGUGGAGCGCUGUUGGCCGUACUGCGGUCACCACAACACUCGCUGGCUGUACUUCCGCUUUGACCACUCUAUUCAGUAAACGGCUCCUUGCAGGUCACUGGAACGUCAUUGAUGUUUGCAACGGAUUGCUAGGCGGCUUUGCAGCGAUCACUUCGGGAUGCGCCGUGGUGGAGCCGUGGGCUGCUAUAGUAUGUGGAUUCGUGGCGUCAUGGGUGUUGAUCGGGUUUAACUUGGUUGCCAAGAAACUCAAGUAUGACGAUCCGCUUGAGGCCGCUCAACUCCACGGGGGGUGCGGAGCAUGGGGAGUGAUCUUUACCGGGCUGUUUGCGACCAAAAGGUACGUCAACGAGGUUUACUCUGGUGAUGGUGAUAGGCCUUAUGGUUUGCUGAUGGGCGGGGGAGGAAAACUGCUCGCCGCACAGUUCGUUCAGAUCGUUGUGAUCAUUGGGUGGGUGUCAGUGACGAUGGGGCCAUUGUUCUACGGUUUGCAUAAGAUGAAUCUCUUGAGGAUAUCAACAGAGGACGAGAUGGCCGGAAUGGACAUGACGCGUCACGGUGGCUUUGCCUACGCGUACAACGAUGAGGAUGACGUGUCAGUUAAACCAUGGGGAAAAGUGGGGCCCACAAGCCAGAGUUCCACUCCUACACCGACCUUGACUGCUUGAUUGAUCCAAGAUUUGAGUGGUCCUAAGCAAAUGUGUGAAAUGAAGACAAAAAAAAGUUGGACACCAAACAUGUUGGACGCAUAUGUGUGUUGUGUUUGGUCUUUUGUUUAUUAUCACUUUGUUGUGGACAUGAAUUCUGGAGCUGUUAACAAUAUUAUUAUCAGUAGUUUUGUUUCU